AUGUCCACCCUAUCCCCCUCCUCCCUCCCACCACCCGCGGGGGCCCCCUCUCCCCUAUCCCCCUCCCUGGGGGCCCCCCUGGGGGCCCCCCUGGGGGCCCCCCUGGGUCCUUCCCUCCCCGGGGCCCCGCUGGUCCCCCCGCUGGCUCCCCCCCUGGGGGCCCCCCUGGGGGCCCUCCUGGGGUCCCCCCUCCCCGGGGGCCCCCUGGGGGCCCCCCUGGGGGCCCCCCUCCCCGGGGGGCCCCCCGGGGCCCCCCUGGGGGCCCCCCUGGGGGCCCCCCUGGGGGCCCCCCUGGGGGCCCCCCUGGGGUGCAGCGCGAGCGGGGCCCCCGGGGACUUCAAGUGGCUGGUGGGUGUGGGGGCGGCUGCGAGUUUGGCGACGGCGUUUGGGAUUGGGGCGAAUGAUGUGGCGAACACUUUUAGCUGCGCUGUGGGGUCUGGGGCUUUGAGUCUUGCUGCUGCUGUUGCUGCUGCUGCUGCUCUCGAAACCCUGGGUGCUGCGCUGCUGGGAGCGGCGGUUGCGGACUCCAUUCGCUCCAAGAUCAUCGACUUCGGGGCCUUCGAGUUGGAGCCUUCUUUGCUGAUGUUGGGGAUGGUUUGCGCGCUGCUGGGGGCUGGCCUGUGGCUGCUGCUGGCCUCCAAGUUGGGGCUUCCAGUUUCGACAACGCAUGCAAUAAUAGGCUCUCUUUUAGG